UUGGGAAUCCAGUCUGCAAGCAUUCAGUGUUAUAAAAAAUGUUAACCACUCAAUCAAGGUUGUAUACACCUGUAAUAUAACAAGCCAUCAAGAAAUUUAUGUAAUUCACAUAUGCAGCACAAUAAUUAGUUUGGAGUGAAGAAUUUAAGUUGUCAUUUCCUUGGGCAAAAUAGAUUUGGUGUGACGUACAUACAGAUGGCGGUGGAUUUGCGUUGGUGGGAAUGAUGGAUAGUCCUGUAUCAUGGACAGUACCAUCUAAUUCUACCCCUGUUGAUCCUCAAGGACCCCCGCAUUGGUCCAGUGAUCUUGGUGAUGUCAAAGUUCUGGACUUUAGAGUUCAAUUUUCGACUGAUAAAGGUUUUGAAGGAACAAAGGCAGACUGGUAAGAAAACUUUGGUGCGGACCGGUGAAAAAAUAUUUCUAUAAAGCCGGUUUUCCACUUCAAGCGUACCGUACCGAAACGUAUAAAAAACGUUUUUAAAUUUCAAAAUUUCGUAAAUGUUGAUUGGUUUAUUGGUUGAUUGACUUGCAACGAACUUUUCAUUUUGAUACGCGAAUACACCCGGGAUUUACGUUGAUUUACAAACUUAUUUUCAAUCUGCGCAUGCUCACCAGGACGUUUCGGUACGAUACGGGCGAAGUGGAAAACCUGCUUAAAACUUUCUGAACUAAACUACUGUAAUCAGUUAAGAAUAGUAACGGCAAUAAAACGACAAAAAGUGAGAAAGUUGCAGGAAACAAUAUCAAACAAUACAGGAAACGUAACCAAGAAAACGAACCAUCAACACUUGGCAUAAAAACUGCACAGGGUAUUGGGGACACUCUAUCUUUGUAUUCUGCAAUGAGCAAUUUUGUGAUCACAUGAGCACUACAACAAAAAAAAAUACUGAUGCGCUUUCUAAAAAGUUAAAGAUGCAUGCCCUUUUAUAAAUUUGAUUUGCUUUCCACCCUUCGUAUAUGGAAAGUCCUGCAAGUAGGAGAAAAACCCGAGUGCUGUGAAAAUUGCAUAACGGUAAAAAAUUUCCUCUUUUUACUGUAGGUUUUAUCGAUUACAUCCGCAACCGAAAUUUGGAAAUCUAUUUGAUGUGAACAAUGGAUGUCCGUAUCUGCAAGCUGGAAUCGGAAAUAUUUCAUUUGUCAAGGAUCUUUCGACGCAGUCUGUCCUUACUAAAAAUUUCAAGUGCUCAAAGUUUGGACCACAUACACAUGAUAUGUUGGGAUGGGUAUACAGUUAAUUUUAAAAUAAUCUUAUACAUGGUGUCCCAAAAGAAUGGCUCCCACUGUAUUUUUGCGGUAUUACAAGAGGGUCCUGAAGGGGGGGAGGGGGUCGUAUUUCCAUUUCCCAGCCCACAUUUGACAAAAUCCCAUUGUCCCAGAGCACAAUGAUCCCAUCAUCUCAGUGGCUGUCCUGCUCAAAUCUUAAUCCAUUCCCAUUUUUAUUGUUUUUAUGCUGAUGAAUCCCAGUCCCAGUGCAUGAAAUCCCAUUUUCCCACCCAAAAAUAAGCAAAUCCCAGUUCCCAUUUUACCCCUUCAGGACCCUCUUACAACAUCCGCUUUAGUAAAAGUUUCAGAUUUCUUUCCUGGAUGAAAUAACUAUCAAAGCAGUUUUACAUGUGAUCUAUUGAUAUUUGACUUAUCAAAUAACCAAUUGUUGAAGGGAUUUGUAUGGAUGGAAAUUUCGAGUAAAAUUUUUAUACAUUUAUUUGGUCUAAUGGCUGUUCGCAGGCUAUGACAGGAAUCGAACCUCCGGCCAUAGAUAUCGUAUAUACACUAGAUAGUGCAUCUAAUUAUUCUACAAUUCAACAAUUGAAGCUGUGAUUGCAGUCUCAGGUCGUUCCCAUGAAAUGAGAAGAUUCGCAUGUUUUCUACAUUUCUUAAACAGGAAACUUAACUAUUCCAAAUACGUUUUUAAACUAUUCAAAUGAUGAAAGUUAUUGUUGUUUUUAAGCGUUUAUUAGCAAGUGAGAACGACCAACAUGGCCGCCAUCUAUUCAAAUGGGGGUAACCGCUGGAAUAUUCUUGGCUUCAAUUUUACUAAAAGAGAUGCGCUAUCUAGUGUAUAUAAGAUAUCUAUGGAUUAU